CCAGCAUCAGUCAUUUUCGGGCGAAAGCCCUGUUUUGUUUCCGAGAGAAAGUCCCAAGGGCAGCGCGCGCGGGAAACCCCAAACCCACCGCACCAGCGCGCGCUCGACGAAAUGCCGCCGCCGCCGCCGCCGCGGCAGGACUUCCCGGCGUUCCCUUUCGCGACGUACCCGAUCCAGACGGAGUUCAUGUCCUUCCUUUACAGCGCCCUCUCCUCCGGGCCCCGCGCCCUCGCCCUCCUCGAAAGCCCCACCGGCACCGGAAAGACCCUCAGCAUCAUCUGCAGUGCGCUCCAAUGGCUCCUCGACCACCGCGACGCCGCCUCGCUGGGCCACCCCGAACGGGCCAAUGGCUCCGCCCCCGCUGCUGUCGGCGGCGAAGACGACGAGCCCGACUGGAUGCGGGAUUUCACACUGCAGCCGCUGCCGCCUAAGAAGGACAUCAGGAAGAAGUCGGAGACUCACCCGUCCAGGAGGCAUGGAACGAAGAAAGUGGGGGUUUCGGAGAAAUCUGAGGGAAUUCGGGAGAAUGACGACGAGGAGGAAUUCUUGCUUGACGAGUACGAGAGCGAUGACGGGGAGGGCACAGGACGGCAGGCCGGGAAGCGGGCACAUUGUGGUGGUGCUAGUAGUAGUAGUAGUAGUAGUAGUGAGAGCGAGGAUGAUGAGGACGAAGAGGAGGCCACUCCCAAGGUGUAUUUCACCAGCCGUACGCAUUCGCAGGUCUCGCAGUUUGUCGGCGAGCUCAAAAGGACGAAUUUCUCAGGGAAGCUCAGGACAGUGUGCUUGGGGUCCAGAAAGAGCCUGUGUAUUAACACGGAUGUUCAGAAGCUCGGGAGCACAACCCGGAUCAACGAGAGGUGCUUGGAACUGCUCAAGAACAAGAAGAGCAGCAAAAUUAAGGCAUGUGUCAAUUACGUCAAAUUAAUUUGCAAUGCUCAGCUGCUCUGUUAGAUACGUAUAUCUUUGAUUGACUUCUGCACCCAAAUUUGGCUGUUUCUUGCACGUUUAGGGCCUGUCAUGCUCAUGAUGUACUAAUAUUGUUUCCCGACUG